UUUUGGAGGCGCGGGCCGGGAGGCGGCGAAGCCGGCAGGAAAGGGUAGCGCGGGCUGGCGAGCUUCAGCGUCCGCCCAGGCGGGGCUGGGGGCGGUGUGUACAUGUACGUGACUCGGUGAGAACAGUCCCUGGACGGGUGCCCGCGGGCUGUGCGUGCGCGGUUUGUUUACGUCCGAGGGCGUGCGUGCAUGUGUGUGUGUGUGUGUUCCCUGGCCAGCGUCCUGGGUAUCCUAACCGCUGCAUGCGUGCGCCGUGUACCUUGAAGUGUGCGUCCGCGCGCGCUCCCAGGCGGGUGAAGACCCUGGGGCCUGUGUUCCAGCCGAGCGUACCUCGAAGAGAGCGUGCCCACAGGAAUAAACACGGAAUAGGGACGGAGCGAGGGAAGCGGCCCAGUCCGUAGUCAAAAGGGGUCUAGGAAUUCUGGCCCGGACUGUCCCCUUCCUACCAGCCGGCGGCGGCCGAGCCUUUGCUCUCCCCGGAGUUUCCCAGGACCGUGGCCAUGUGACCGCGGUGUUGUCCCCCGCCCAGAGCCGGCGCCUUCAGCCACAGGGUGGGGCAAAAUAUCAAAGAUCCCACCGGGCUUGACUGGGGGACGAGGUGAGGGGGCCACCCCGGGCCCCAGCAACCCUGGUGGGUCUGGCAACAAAGUGGGCUGGUGCCCAGGUCCUUGUCCCCAGGUUUUCCGGCUCCCGGAGGAUUGCAGAUCCUUCCCUCUGGACGCUCCUUCACCGCCAGGGUUGCCCAACCCCUCAGUCUCAGGAGAACAGGAAGGGCCAGAAAAACCCACGGCAAAGGUCGGAGGUCUCAAUCCAGAGGACACCUUCUGCAAACAUGUCUGUGGAUCCUUUAUCCAGCAAAGCCCUGAAGAUCAAGCGCGAGCUGAGCGAGAACACGCCGCACCUGUCGGACGAGGCGCUGAUGGGGCUGUCGGUGCGCGAGCUGAACAGGCACCUGCGCGGGCUCUCGGCGGAGGAGGUGACCCGGCUCAAGCAGCGGCGCCGCACGCUCAAGAACCGUGGCUACGCGGCCAGCUGCCGCGUGAAGCGCGUGUGCCAGAAGGAGGAGUUGCAGAAGCAGAAGUCGGAGCUGGAGCGCGAGGUGGACAAGCUGGCGCGCGAGAACGCCGCCAUGCGCUUGGAGCUCGACGCGCUGCGCGGCAAGUGCGAGGCCCUGCAGGGCUUCGCGCGCUCAGUGGCCGCCGCCCGCGGCCCUGCGGCGCUCGUGGCACCGGCCAGCGUCAUCACCAUCGUCAAGUCCGCCCCGAGCCCAGGGCCAGGCCCCGCCUCCGGCCCGGGCCCCGCCCCCGGCCCCGCCCCCGCCGCCUGCUCCUAGUGCCCGCAGAGCCCCGCCCGCUCCGCCCACGCCCAUUCUCCAAACCACGCCCCUCUGUCCCCAGCUGCCUUCCCUAAGUGCCUAAGCAGAAUCUCUGUCCCCAGGUGCCAUUUCUCUGCAGCCACCAGCCCCUGUGGUGAACAUACGUUCCAUCCCCAGAGGCUGUCUUCCUCGUGCAGCCCCUGAAACUGGGCCCUAAUGGCCCUGGGGAGGGGUAACUUUGGUGAGAAAGGAGGUAAGGUAGGGUCGGGGUCUGCGGUCUCCUUUGGCCGAAGUUUCAGCCAUCUUAGUUUGGGAGGAUGGGAUACAGAGUGAAUUAGAGAAGGGCAGUAGAUAGGAAGAGUGCCACCGCUCAUUUUGUAAUUGUUUGCUCAGAUUGUGCCAAUGGCCCUUCCCCACCCUCUCGGGUUAUAGGACUAGGUUUGACCCUGUAUGUGUCUUGUGGGACGGCCCAGCUGGGAAGCUGAUGCUCCCACCUUUGCUUCGGGCCUGGAUGCCUGGCCUUCCAAAGCUGGGAUUUGCUAGAAGUCAUCUAGUGAAGCCCAGUUAACAGAUGGGGAAACAGGCCUGCAGCAGACGUGACAAUGCCCAAGGUCAUAUAUAUAUAUAGUGGUUGAGCUGGAAGUGAAAACCACAUAUUCCCACUUCUGCCCUGAGAUUCCAGCCAUGGUUGUCGAGGGACAGUGGACAGGGCCUGAAAAAGGUGGUGCCAGGGCCUCCCUGGCCUGGGCGACAGCUCUCUGUGAGUCAGGGGGAAAGAAGCAGAGGGAGAGAGAAGGUGAUGCAGAUGGAAGAGAGGAAAGGAGCUGGCUUGGCUCAACCCUGGGCUCUUCCUGCAGCCAGGGAGUUGGCCAGCCAGAGAGAAAGGGGACCAAGGAGGUGAUCAUGGUGGCAGGUGGGCAGAUGAGAAGACAGAUCCUGCAGUCCUGUAGCCACUGGGGUAGGGGUCCUUAAAAGGGAAGGAUCCACCUGUGGCUGUCCACUGUGCGGUGGGGGCUGACCACUGCCAUUGAUCGCCAUUCUCCUGGGAAGCCUGGCCCCAGCCCCUCCCGUCCCCCUCACUAUACAGCUUCCUCUCCCUGCUGUUUAUUUAUUGCACGAGUCUAAGUUAUUCUCCCCAGCCAGAGCUCCAGUGCCCACUGCCUGGGAAAAGUGGUGUGUGGCCCUGAGCUGGACUUUAUAUUUUAUAUCUGCAAGUAAAUCACAUUUUAUCUUAUAUUUUGGGAAAGCCGGCUGACAAAAACAACCAAAAAAUGUUUUUAAAAAAUUGCCCGGCCCCAAGAAUUUAUUUAUUUUUCUUACAGUAAGCGAGUUAUCCGCCUUCUGUAUUUUGUAGACUUUCUGAAUAAAGUCAAGUUCCCUUUUUCCACAGUUUAGAAGCAUGUCUUGGUCUAUUUGAGGUGGGGGGGUGCGUUCUGAAUGAGGGGCCCAAGAUAGAGUUCUGCUUUCAAUCCCAGGCUGGAACCUCUGCUGGGUGGGAGGUUAGCCCCAAUCUGCUGAUGAGGAAACUGCCCCGUCACCAGCUCUUGUACCUGGGCUUGAGGGGUGGGGUGGAGAAGGGAACUGGGAAGAGUGGUGAUAAAACACCUAUCCUUCCAUCUGGUUGCCUGGAGUCAAGGAGCUUCCCUGGGAAAGGCAAGAGCCGGGAGGAUGAUGAAAUGUAGGGUUAAAUUCUCUGGGCAUCCCUUCAGCAAAUACACAGUCCCGCCCAGAAAGGAAAAUUCCCUGAUUUGAGAGUAAUCUUUCCAGCACUUUCACACUGAGGUCGGAUAAUCUAUAGCCAAGUAAAAAUAUUUUCCUCAUGUUCCGGAAGUCAGAGGGAGGCAGGGAGAGAAGUGGCUUCCUUAGUCCAAGCCUGCACGCCUAAAUUGCAACCCUGUGUCUCACCCUAGGCCCCGAAGUCCCUGGAAUUCAACCCAAUCUGCCAGCCCUUCUGGGACACCCUGAGGAGUGGAGUGUUCUGUGAUCUGUGGAUCAGAGAAACUGAGGUUAAAGCAAGGUGUUUUUCUCUAGUUGUAUGACCUUGGAUGACUUGUUUAGCUUCUUGCAGCUCAGUUUACCCAUCUGUACAACUGAAGUACUCUAAGGGCACAGGUGUGACGAGCACUGGGAACCCGAGGGGCUGUAAGCUUUAAUGCAGAGUGAGCGUUUACCCCAAAGGCGAGGACAAUUUCUGAGUGGCUGGGUAUGGAGGGACGGUGGGGCUGGGAGAGGAUGCUUCUGUCGAACGUGUAGCAUUUGAAAUCGGGGGAAGGGUCAAACCACAUGGGUUGUCUUGGUCCACAGGCCUUUUUCCCCCACUCAGGUUGAGGCCCA